AAAAUACCAAACAUGGGAAGACAGAGCACACAAUUCUCUGCCCUCAACUGCAUCGACCUAUCCAACUCCGACAUCAACCAAUCCGUUCGUUUACUCAAACAGGCGUGCUUGGAUUCGGGUUUUUUCUACGUUGUCAACCAUGGCAUUAGCCAGGAAUUCAUGCACGAGGUUUUUGCACAGAGCAAGAAGUUUUUCUCUCUUCGCCUCGAGGAAAAGAUGAAGAUUCUCAGGAAUGAAAAACACAGGGGAUAUACCCCUGUUCUUGAUGAGCUUCUUGAUCCUGAAAAUCAACUUCUUGGAGACUAUAAAGAGGGGUAUUAUAUUGGAGUUGAAAAAGCUGAAGAUGACCCAGAAUCGAAGAAGCCUUUCUAUGGUCAGAAUAGAUGGCCUUCACCAGAUGUUUUGCCGGGGUGGAGGGAGACCAUGGAAAAGUUCCAUCGAGANACAUUAGAAGUGGGGAAAGUUGUUGCAAAGAUAAUAGCCCUUGCACUUGAUUUGGAGGAAAAUUUUUUUGACCAGCCAAAAAUGUUCGGAGAGCCAAUUGCAACUCUGCGUUUGCUGCACUAUGAAGGUCAAAUCUCAGACCCCUCGAAAGGAAUAUAUGGAGCUGGUGCUCAUACUGACUUUGGUUUUAUUACACUGUUGGCAACAGAUGAUGUUUCAGGCCUUCAAAUAUGCAAGAAUAGGGAUGCUAAACCUCAGAUAUGGGAGGAUGUGGCACCAUUGAAGGGAGCCUUCAUUGUGAAUCUUGGUGACAUGCUNGAGCGCUGGAGCAACUGUGUUUUCAAGUCCACACUGCACAGAGUUCUAGGAAAUGGUCANGAAAGAUAUUCUAUUGCAUACUUCUUGGAGCCAAGUCAUGACUGUCUAGUAGAGUGCUUGCCAACCUGCAAAUCUGAUAGUAAUCCUCCUAAAUUUCCUCCCAUCUUAUGCCAGGACUACCUGACUCAGCGCUACAAGGACACUCAUGCAGAUCUGAACAUUUACAAGAAACAGCAAGCUUGAAUAGUCGACCUUUGGAACUGAACAGCCUAGUGUUUUUUUCACAAAAACACUCACUUACACUGAUUUGGAUAUUUACCUUAAACAAGAAGCUUAGGAAGUUUGCUUUUGGAGCUGAGUAGCCAGGAAAUUUUGUACUGCAUUUAGAGAUAACAGCAUCAUAUGUUAAACAUGUUAUUUAGAUUUUGUUGGGAUGGUCCUGGGGAAGGGGUGGGGAGAUAGCUAUAUGGUUUGGUAUUUAUUGCUACAGCUAAAAGAAAAACAUGAAUGAAAUCAAGCGAUGUAUUUUUUUAUUCAGCCCAAUGCUGGGAAUAGGAUAUGAAGAAAAAAAAUUAGAAUUGUUUCUAGUCAAUAAA